GGCUGAACAACGCAGACUCGAUGCGAACUCCUCACAGUGGAUACAGCACAAGCGAUACCAUAGCGUCUGACACAGCUGGGCCUCCAAGAGAAGGUAUUAUUCACGCUUUUCGUGUUACUUCCCCCCUAAUUCCAGACCCGGGUCCGGGGAACGCACGAACCGAGCAUGAGGCUAGGUAAGAAGUCUUUCCGAGGAACAUGAUAUGGCGUUCUUGCAAAAGGGUUUAGUUCCCAGGCCGUCUCAAUAUCACUCAACCCCAGACAUCAUCUCAGCUGCAGUCAGUGGUUUUGAGCGAUGCAGCCCGUAAAGGACGGAGACGAAAGCCCCACAAGUCAGUCACCUUUGCUCCUUGCGGGACCCUUGGGUAAUGUCGGUAGCUCGCUGGCCGUCUGAUGAGAGGAGCAAACAGAUGCCUUUGAGAUCAGAGGCUAGUUUCUGGAGGGUCAACUCAGGAGGCUAUAUGUAUAACACGGGACUGUUGUUACUGUCUUUUUUGGGAAACGAUCUAUAUGCCAUUCCCCGACAGUUCGAAUCAUUACACCCCGGACGAGAGACAUGAUUGCGAAAGAAAUGACAGAAACCGUGGUUGACGGCGUCCACAGACUCCCAGAAAAUGGCAUUACAAUCGUCAUUAUAGGCGCGGGCAACGCAGGCUUGCAAGCAGCGCUCGAGUGCUGGCGAAAAGGUUGCGAUGUCGUGGUUCUGGAAAGAGCCGAAAGGAUGUCGGGCUUGGGCGAUUAUUUUACCAUCACUCCAUCCGGGUUGACCACGCUGAAGGAAUACCCAAGUAUGCAUGCCGACUACCACAAAUGUGUCUACGACUGCUCGAUUCAUGCUUACACCCCUUCUGGGAUGCCAAUACACUCCACGGUUCCCGAGUGGAAGCUGCCUGGCGUCAUCCAUGCCGCGCCCGAUGUCGACAUAUCAUUCCUCAAGAGGCGACCAGUCUAUGCCCAGAUGCAGCUGGAUCAAGUCAAGAGGCUCGAUAUCCCGGUCCACUGGGGCGAAGAGGUGGUAGCCGUCCGCGAGCAAGAUGAUAUUGUGACCGUGACGACGGCGUCUGGGAAAGAGUUUGUCGGCGAUUUGUGUAUUGGGGCAAAUGGAAUCGGCUCGUCGAUUCCUGGCUUCAAGGCUGGUCCCAACAUCACAGUGCAGGACAGUGGCUACGCGGUUGCCCGUGUUGCCUUUCCUCGGGCUACUAUAAAGGAUGGUUCUCCAGCAUCGGUGCUCCUGAAGGACGUUGAAAUUCGACCCGAGUUCCGAACAUAUCUAGGGCGCGACAUUCACUUGAUCCUCUUCCUAACUCCCGACUGGGUGGCAUUUGCCUUUACACAUCCGGACUACGACCGUGCCCAGGAGUCGUGGUCGAAUCUCAAAGAUCCAUCCGAGCUCGUUCCAUACCUCGAGAAGGCGGCCGACGAAUGGGACCCGGCCGUGCUCGAUUUCGUCCGGUCGGCGCCGACUGGGAUCGUUGACUGGAAGCUCAGAUGGCGUGACGGUACGGAACAAUGGACUUCGGACAGCGGACGUCUCGUUCGCAUCGGAGAUGCGGCGCACGCGUUCUUCCCCACGGCCGGAAAUGGCGCAGUACAAGGGCAAGAGGACGCCGUGUCCUUGGCCGAGUGUUUGCGGAUCGCGGGCAAGAAAGGUCUGCCACAGGCGACCAAAGUCCACAACAAAUUGAGGUUUGAGAGAGUAAGCAUCCUCCAACAAACGGGGUUCCUGAACAGGGAAGAACUGCACAACGCCGACCUUGAAGCGAUCAAAAAAGCGGAGCAGGAUGGCAAGAACGCGUCCGCGGACGGGAUCGGCUUCUUCAAGAUCGGACGCUGGGUCUGGGAUCACAACCCGGAGAUGUACGCGCGAGAGAACUACGCCGCAUGCCUGGCACAUUUGAUUGAAGGCAAGCCGUUCAAGAACACCAACGUGCCGCCGGGCCAUGUCUAUCGGCCGUGGAGUCUGGAGUCGGAGACCAAGCGUAUGCAGGCUGGGAUCAAGUCGGAUUUGAAACGAAAUGGGGAUUGGAGUGUUUGAAACGAGAGUACAUAGUAUAACGAUGUAGUUGUGAGCAUUGUGCUUGUUUCUAACUUGGAUAGCCGGACAAAAGGGGAGGGGGUAUCCAGCCUUGCAUGCAGAUCCACUGCCGCAGGGCUCUGAUCCAUUCGACACCACCUGUCUUACGCUACGAUGGGCAGGCUUGCUUGUUCAAUAAUACCAGAUUCACGCAAAUUAG